AAUAAGGGCUACCGCUCAUAUGAGGCUUGGUCGUCAGGAUGGAUGAAGGAGAGCGCAACUCUACUGUCUCCAACGCCACGAAAACCAAGGUCUGGGAAUCGGCCGUUCCUCCUGCUAUGCAGUUUGGGCUAGGUGUGAUUGGAAAUCUAAUUGCGCUAGUCGUUUUAGUAAAAUCAGCAAAGUCACACAAAUGGAGACCGUUUUACAGACUAGUUGGGGGUCUUGCUUUGACAGAUGGUGGAGGAAUACUUCUAGUUUACCCCACAGUUAUGGUUAGAUAUGCGACAGACUUUACCUAUGACUUUCCCGUACAUCUUUGCAACUACAGUUCUUUUAUUUACACAUUUACAUUAAUAUCGUCGGCAAUGAUCGUUUGUGCUAUGUCUGUUGAUCGUUUCAUGGCGAUUUUGUAUCCCUUUAUUUACAACACAGAAGGCAAAGAGCGGCGGACAAACAUAAUGCUGAUAUCUAUUUGGAUCACCGGAACAUUUAUUUCGUGUCUUCAGCUGAUGGGACUAGGAUCCAGUUUCAAUUAUUAUCCUGGAUCCUGGUGUUUUCUUAACUUUGUUGGAACCACUACACUGGAUAGAGCUAACUCUUACAUAUACUCUCUGUUUGGAUUAGCUAUCCUGGCAUUGACCAUCUCAUUAAACUUUAUUGUUAUCGUCUCUGUUUGUCGAGGGAUGAAAUCAAACAUUAAAGUUACCGCAAAGAGAAGGAGGAAAAAUGAUAUUUUCAUUGUCAUUUUCCUUCUGAUAAUUGUGACAGUCUUUGGUGUUUGUUGGACACCUCUUAUGUUUACCAUUCUGGGGCAUGCUGGGAGAUGGAUUGAGGGUAAUGGCGCCAGAGAACUCUUGGUGCUAAGAUUCGCUGUGAACAACUCUAUCAUAGAUCCCUGGAUCUAUAUACUUCUCAGAAAAGAGACAUUGCGGGCUCUACAGAGGCACUGCAGAGGUUACUGUGACAAACUGGAUCUGGCAACAGAAACUAGCGGUCCUGAAUCUAACCCUGCUCCAAGUUAUAGUCAAAGUAAGAGUCUGGACAAAACCAUCUCGACAGAUGACCACGUCACAAUAAGCGCUGGAGAAAAAGUCAGGAUGUAACUAGUGCAGAAGACCAUCCAACUGAUUACCGCUUCACAAUUACUGCUGUAGAAAAAAAAUCAAGGUGUUUAAAAAAGACCGCGUCAAAAUAACUCCCUAGAAGACAUUCUGAUGCAACAAAACUAAUGACGUAAAAGUGUUGUUUUGUACCUAAAAGAAAUUUGGAAAGUGAAUGAUUAUUUCAAACUGUAUCAAUUUUGUUGUUAAUGUUUUUUUAAUUUGUUUGCGUUGUAUUAUCGAUAGUUUUUAUUUUAUUUUUGUUUAAAAUAAAGUCUCUGUUGAAA